AUGCCACCGUCUAUAGCUUAUAUUAAUCCAGAAGAACCUUUAUUAAUACCUUGUUAUGCAAAAGCCAAUCCAGAACCAAGGUAUUAUUGGACAUUGAAUGGAAAACAAGCCAACUGGAUUAAGCCAUACAAUACAAUGUUAUCAAAGAAAUUAACACAUUCCAAUGAUUCAUAUCAUUUACAUUCUAUGGAUGAAUCAGGUUUAUGGUAUUUUGGUAUUCAACGAAUAUCAAAUCAUUUGAUAGCUGGAUUAUAUCAAUGUAUUGCUAUUAAUCCAUUUGGUAAAGCUUUAUCAAUUCCAUUGAAAUUAGAAGUGGCAAGAAUUGGUACAUUUCAAGAUCUUAAUCCAAAACUAAUUCAUAUAAAACCGAAUGAAACCAAAAUCUUAAAUUGUUCCGCAACAAAAAGUAUACCAACUGCUAAAAUCCAAUGGAUGGUCAAAGAUGAUGAAGAUGGUUCAAUAAAUUUUAUACAUGAAGAUCGUAAUCAUAUUAUUGAUGAUGAUGGUAAUCUACAUUUAUUCAAUAUAAACUCAUUCACUAAAAGAAAUCUUACCUAUACAUGUGUUAUUAAUCAUUUAAUUCUACAUACUAUGAAAACUGGCCCAGAUAUAAAACUUCUAUUUGAUUCAAAUACCUUAGCAACAAAUGAACAUGUGAAUAAAGAAUUAACUAAAAUUAAAAAGAGAAGUAUCCUUUAUCAUUCAUCUAUACAACAAAUUGUUUUAUUGAAUGAAUCUUUAUCUAUAAAAUGCGUAAUACAUGGUAAUCCUUUACCAAAUAUUCAUUGGGAAUUUAUGAUGGCACAUCAGAUUGAUUCAAAUGGAGAUUCGCAUCAAUAUAAAGAUGUUAAAUUGCUUCCAGAAAAGUAUGGAAUCAAAUUAAAAAAUCAUGGAAUGGAAUUAUACAUUCCAACAGUUCAAAUGAUUAAUCAUGGUAGUUAUCGAUGUAGUACAAUUAAUAUGGAUUAUAUGAUCUCAACAUAUGAUCCACAUGUUAUAUUCAAUGUUACUGUUGAAAGUAAACCCCAUUUUGCUGAAUAUCCUAAAAAUACUAUUUUACCAGAGAAUAGUAGUAUUGUACUACAUUGUAGUAUUAAUGAAGAAAUUACAAAACCAUUAGCAACAUUAAAUUGGUUAAUGAAUGGUGAACCGAUUGAGAAAUAUUUAAAUGGUUUACGUAAAAUUGGUCGAAAUAAUGCUUUAUAUUUAUACAAUUUAACUGUACAUGAUUCAGCUGUUUAUCAAUGUAUUCUUCAUAAUAUCCAUGGUAUUAAUAUAAUCAAUGCAUAUAUUCAUAUAUGGAAUCAACCACCAGCAUUUAUUAAUGUGAUCCAUGGUAUACAAUAUAUGAUUGAAGGACAACAAUUGAUAUUACCAUGUGAAACAUUUGGUUCACCUCAUGCAAUAAUUCAUUGGUAUCAUAAUAAUAAACAAUUAAAUACAAUUGAUCAUAUUAUGAAAGAUGAUUACAUCAUAGAAACGAAUGCAUAUUUUCAAACAAAUCGUAAAUGGUUAAAUGUUCUAGCUGAAGUUGUAUUUCUUCUGAUAGCUGUGUAAAAUCAUGAUUUUGAACGGUAUAGUAAGUGAGAGGCCAAAAAAAACUAGUUGUUAGCGGAACAUACACUGGAUUAAAGUAUACUCAAUGGAAGAUUGCUUUGAUGCACGCUGAUUGGCUAAUUCUUAUCCAAUCAGCGUUAGCCAAACUUAGUGAACACUCGAGAAAUCUUCUCAUGUGAAAAACUAUAAAUAUACUAACGUUUUCCCUAUUGCACUUACUUGCUUCUUGCUUCCAUCUAACCUUGUUAUUUGGAAUAUAAUCCCCUUCCUGUUCAACUGUGUUCUGAUUUGGGGACUUUGUCGAGUGAUUUAGUGUCCAAGAAUACUAACCACUAGGAAUAGCUGGGUUAUAACCGUAAGAGAGAGAAAUAUAACACUCGUCAUAGAUGUAGAUUAUUUUAUGGACUUUUCAAAAGUAAAAUUGCAUUGAAUCAAAAAGCUGAAUGUACUUUCAUCUUAGAGUUGAUUUUACUACAGAAUUCAUCAAUAUAUAAUGAGUCUCAUACAAAAUGAAAUACAUGUCCUGGAUCUCAUUGUUAGCCACGUUUCAUCUAUUCCAAAGAAAGGCUAUAUUGAGACAAUCCGCACAGAAUUCACAUAUACACCAACUAAAACUGUCUGAAACUAAGUCAAAUUACAAACAAUGAGAUAUUCUAGAUUGUUAGAUAUUAGAUUGAAAUAUCAUUAUUAUGCAUAGUCAACUUGAUAAUAGUAAUGUCAGUUUUGAGUGUUUGGAACAUUUAAACUUAUCAUCUGGUUCAAUAAUUGGGAUAGUUUCAAUAUUCAUUAUUAUCUACUAAGUUUAAAGUUAAUAGACUUUGUGUUUUUCAACUAUCUUCAUCAAGUGGGA